AUGGGCACCAGGGGAACAAAGCGGAAGAGAGGGGAGGACAUCCAUCCGUCGACUGCAGCCAAGGGGCAGGCUGUGCCUUUGGCGUUCGCCGCACCGGCUCCUCACGGACUGCUCAUCAAUCUGGAUUCGGGGACGGGGUCGAGCGCCUCUGGCAAAUCUGACGCCAGCUCUGCCCCUCCUUGUGACAAUGACAUCAAUGUGGCCGCCCGCUUCCUAACAGCCAUGGCGGAGGGUAAAAUCCGAUGGAGCGACGAUGAAAUUGGCAUAUUUCUUGAGGCAUGCUUGGAGGAGUUGUCCGCAAUGACCAUAACAUCCACUUGUCCAAAGCCGCAAGGCUACAAGAACCUCAUACAGAAGAUGAAGGAGAGAAUCGGAAGAAACCUCACCAAGGAUCAGGUGAAGUACACAUGGCGUCAAUGUCGUAAAAGGUGGAUGCUUUGGACGUGGCUGGAAUCAAAGGCUACCGGCAUUGGCCGUGACCCGAUAACUCAAGCCAUUGUUGCUGACGACGAUUGGUGGGAAGACAAGGACCAGAAAAAGGACGGAGCUCGUGUCUUCAAAGAUUCCCCUCUCAAGCACAUCAACCUUCACUGUGCUAUUUUUUCGGGGUGCACAGUGGUAGGGAACCACUCUGCUAUUGCAGGCGCAGCACCAGCACCUCCUCAGCAGCCAACUCCAAGGCCCAACAUCAAUAUCUCACAGCUGCUAGCUCAACAACAAAACAUUGCGACUCCAGGAGUUUCAAGUGCAGGAAAAGGCAAGAGGCUAGCAGAUGAAGCUGGCACUUCGAGGGGAUCGGCUUCAAAGAAGAGUCGAAGUGACUCAGCCGGUGAUGCCCUGCACCGGCUAGCUGAUUUGCGAGUGGAGUCGAUGGAGAGCUGUUCCCGGAAGGUGGAAGAGGACAGGGCUAGAAGUGCAGCAGCUUGCAUCCAGUUGGUGGUAGCUGAUGGACAUAACCCAUGGAGUGAUUUAUUCUUUAUGGCACUGGAUGAGCUGGUGGCCAAGGAGGUGGACAGCCUGGAUACGAAGGAGGAACUGGGCAGCAGCGUUAUGGUGUAG